CUGGCUUAACUCAGUAAAGAAAUGGAACAUAUUUUAACUGUAACUUUAUUGCUCUUUGGGGCGGGUUUUCUCCCAGUUACGUGUUCAACAAUCAAACAGGCACAGCCAGGAGUUACUGUCAUAAUAUGGUGUCAACAUAAUGUCAGUGUUUCUGGAUACAUAUACUGGUUUAAACAAAAUGAUGGUGCUGUGCCUAUGACUAUUGUGUCCAUGUUGUACAGUGCAAGUCUACAGAGCAGAGUGCAAAUGUAUUUCAACAGUUUCAAAAAAGACCACCUGGUCAUGGAUCUGUUCAGCAAAAGUACCACUCUGACAAUAAUGAAUGUGAGUAUUUCUGAUUCUGGCUUCUACUUUUGUGGAGCUAUGGAACACCAAGUACAUUUUGGCAGUGGAACACAGCUUGAAGUUAAAGAAAAGAAAGUUGUAUCAGUGAAAAAUGAGACAGGAAUCUCAAAAAAAGAUCAUGAUACAUUUCCUGUGUCUACUGAGGAGUGUUCUCAAGACAUAUUUUUCAAACUGACCCUCUUAUUUGGUGGCAUAAUUUUUUUUACAUUUACUAGUCUUGUCAUCUUGGGUAUUAUCAGGCAACACAAAAGACAGAAGCAGAAAAAAGUCACUAAAUGUCAAGAACAAAAACAUGAUGAAAAGGAGCCUGAUUCAGUAGAAUAUGCUUCAGUGCAUUUCUCGAAAAUGAUACCCAAGACAGCAGAACAUGAGGACACAAUAGUUGUGUACACGGACAGUACAUAAAACAUAAGUUUCUUAUUCAAACUUAAAUUCAUGAAUUAUUGUUUAUAGACCUUUAUCACACUUCCAUGUUCGCAGAGCGGAAGCUUCGCUUAGUAGAGUAAAACAACUUCCGCUGCAGUCUGUUUCAAUGGCAGUGCCCACAGCACAGAAUUAUUAUGAACUAUUUUAUGUACAAUUCAUCUCAAAUACUUAAUCUAAACAGACCUACCUCACUGUACAGUCAUUACUCAGGGAUGAUAAAGUAAAGAAAAAUGGUGUCAUGUUGUUUUAUUAUUUUAAACAGAAUGUGUGUGAGCAGGGAAUACUUCACAGAGUACAAGUAUGAUUUUUAUUAGAGGAAUGCAAGAAUAUAAUGCAAUUGACUCUGAUUCUACAGAGUAUUUGCGAUGAUAAUGAUCACAUUGCUUUCAUGUACUUACUUUUUAUAAUCUCCAUGUGUGAUAUAAGAUUCGUUUAAAAAUGUUCAAAUAAAGAAACAUUUUCAUCCCAGAUUCCGGUACAGAAAAUAACUGGUUUAAUGGUUGUAUACAUGGAGUUAUAUCCUCGUGGUUUGAGUACGAUAAAUGAAAUGUCCACUCGCGAUUCGUGACCGAAUUUAAUGUAAAUAAAACAUAGAGAUGAAACUGUCCCAGUGUCUACAACUGUAUUAUAUUUACAAACGGGAGAUGAGCAUGCUGCAAUAGUGAAAACAAUGACAUUAAAACACUUAAACGCUGUCUCUUCAGAGUUGAGUUGAGCACGAUAAUCAUCUGGGAGUAAGCUGGACAGCACGAGCAGCUCCUGUGAACUGGGAAAACUUUGCGCUGAUAAUCGCCUCACUCAGAUACUAUUACAUAUUAAAGUGCUAGAUAACACAUGGUGAAGUGUUGAGUUACUCCAAAGAUACAAUUAAACGGCUGAUGUUUACUGCCAAAUGGAUCCAACUUGGCUUAAUUUAUUUAGAAAAAUUGCAAUUGUCCAUAGACAGAUCGAUGGGCAGAUGUUUGGUUACACUAAUAUUGGGAGCCAGAUGUGACGACACGCGGACUGUGAUAAAGGCCUAUUUAUACCAUGGUCUGUUCGAAUACUCGAUUCUGAUUGGCUGGAAUGCGUGUGGUUCAAACAGGUAGUUUCGGUCAGUUUUAAUCACCGUUUGAUAUUAAUGCGCUGUUUGUAACACUGAGUAAACUAUAGCAACUGAAAACAUUUCCUAACCUAAUUUUCAACAGAAUAGCUAAUAUAAUGGAAUUCAGCUUGUUUUGCACGGAGGGUAAGAGAAGGAAUUCAGGACCUAUUAAAUGUGUCUUUUGCAGUCCGGCAAGGCGAUGCAAGACGAUUUAAACUGUAAUGUGUUGUGUAUGUUAUGUGCCGAAGUGCCGUCUAUAGCCUUUAGAGGCUCCCUGCGCUCACAUCUCUGACUCAAACGCUGAAGGUGAAGCACUGUUUGUUUACAAAAUGCAUGCAGCAUUUUGGGAUGAAGCGCUACUGUUCAUGGACAAAUUGCAAUUUAAUUCUCAUUUCAGUCAAUUGUGCAGCCAUGAUGUAUACCAUACCGAUGUCUCAGAGGUCCAAAUCUGCAGGUUCCAGAGUGUUUUGAAUGGGUCACCCCUUAUUAUACACAGAUAACAAGAAAAGUCUCAGGUCUACAAGAGAAUGUUAUGGAAACUUAUUUCAUAAGCUGAGCUUUAUUUUUGAUGGUGUUAUUGUUAUGCUUAUUAUCAUUCCUCUCACCCUGGAAAUCAUUAAGAUGCAAGCAGAAAAACGCAGGAAAAAAAGGAGCCACAUUCAGCAAUCUGUGCUGCACUACCGUUAUCAAAACAGAAAACCAGGA